AUGGGCUUGUAUGCAGAGAGGCAAUCGUCGCUCAUCAACCCCACUGCGUUACCUACUAUCCAAGCCGGAUCAGAGCGCGCAUGCGCGUUGACCAUACAGUCUGUCAAUCUACUUCAACACUACCUUUCAGAAACUAUCGCAUUGUUUUCCAUGUCACCACUGACAAGCAAUCCUUUUGCUACGAUACUAUUACCGCUGGCUUAUCUAGACGACUUGCUCAUGCACGGUCUCCUAGCCUUUAGUGGAGCUCAUCUAUCGUUCAAAGAGCCGAAUAACAUCGAAAUUGCUCGUGCUACAACUAUGCAUUAUGGAAGGCUUCUCAAGGGUCUGCGUCUGGAGAUUGCUGCCCUCGAAGAAGAUGAUCUUGCAAAGAAAGAGAGGAUACUACGAAUCCUGAUGAUAGCAUGUCACUAUGAGGUUUUGUCGGGCGAUACACGAGGAGCUAUGUUCCGCCACUUGCAUGCUAGUCGAUCUCUCAUCGAACACCUUCUUGCCCCUGAAAGCAGGUAUCAAAACGGAAGUCCUUGCAUGAACGGAGCUCUUGGUUUUACCGUUGAGCUCUACACUUUCCUUUCGCUCACUAAUAGUGUCACUCCUUAUGGCGCUGUGAAAGAUCGUAAACUACCAGGGGACGAUCCCAUCAUCUCAGUAGCAGCUGCGGGACUGUUAUCUACUUCUGGAUCAUUCCUAGCCGGCCGUGAUGGGAUAUACAGUCUUGUUACCGAAGUAAGCCUACUCGCAUCACGGCGGCUAGACGAACAGCUCUCUGGCAUCGCAUAUCCAUCUAUCAUGAUCAAGAAGAUACAUGAUGAUUUACUCAAUCGAAUCACGGCUUGGAAAAUGCCAUCUUCUUACACUGAGUCGGACAAGGAGAUGUUAGAGCACACCCAUCUAGCUGGUGAGGCGUUCCGGGAAGGACUAUACAUCUACCUCGCGACUGCCGUAGCAGGUACAACAGUCGUGGAACCUGCUGUUAUACUUGCGAUACAGAACCACAUCGACACGCUGUUUGGAUAUGGUCCUCAGCUACUGUGUUCACCAUGCAUCGCGGCUAUUCUAUGGCCCUUUAUCAUCGCUGGUACUUGUAUAGUCAAGCAGGACCAGCAAGAAACGUUCAUCGAUGUCAUUCGAUCCAAAAGGUUCAGCAUGAGGCAUUUGUUUGUUCUUAGCGAUAUGAUGCGACUACUCUGGGCUGAUGCAGAUCCGCGCAUGUACGGGCCGUAUGGACUACAUCUAGUCAUGGAAAAGCACAAGCUUAAUCCAGGAUUCGCUUGA